AAUUGAGAUUGACCUACUCAUAAGUUCAGACAAUGUCUCGAAGAGACUUUGGGAACAAGAUAUUCAGGUACAUUUCACUGUUAGACUCACAGGAUGCUGGCCAUUGAUCUUUCCCUUUGUGAUCAUCUUUCUCAAGACUUCUUCUGUCUUCAUGAGGCAAAAUUUGAAGAGGAAAGGAUGGUGGCUGGGUGGUUGACAAGUUACUCUCAGGAUUCAGUGACCUUUGAGGAUGUGGCUGUGGACUUCACCCAGGAGGAGUGGACUUUGCUGGAUCAAACUCAGAGAAACUUAUACAGAGAUGUGAUGCUGGAGAACUACAACAAUCUAGUUGCAGUAGAUUGGGAGAGUCAUAUUAAUACCAAAUGGUCAGCACCUCAGCAGAAUUUUUUGCAGGGGAAAACAUCCAGUGUGGUGGAAAUGGAGAGAAACCAUUUUGGAGAGGAACUGUUUGACUUUAACCAAUGUGAAAAAGCCUUGUGUGAACACUCAUGCCUUAAGACUCACAGGAGAACCUACUUUAGAAAGAAAACCUGUGAGCGUAAUCAGUGUGAAAAAGCUUUCACAAAACCCUCUACUUUACACAAGAAAACUGAUAUUGGAGAGGAACUUCCUAACUGUAAUCAAUGUGAAACAGCCUUCAGCCAACAUCUACGUCUUGUUUGCAAGAAAACUAGCCAAAAUCUACAUCUUGUUUGCAAGAAAACUCACACUCAAGAGAAACCAUACAAAUGCAGUGACUGUGAAAAAGGCUUACCUUCCUCCUCACACCUCAGAGAAUGUGUAAGAAUUUAUGGUGGAGAGAGACCAUAUACUCAUGAGGAGUAUGUCAAAACCUUUUCUGAUUCUACAGGCCUUUUUGUACACAUGCAAACUCAAGAUGGAGAAAAAUUCUAUGAAUGUAAAGCAUGUGGGAAAGCCUUCACUCAGUCUUCAUAUCUUACUCAGCAUUUAAGAACUCAUAGUAGAGUGUUACCUAUAGAACAUAAGAAAUUUGGCAAAGCCUUUGCAUAUUCCCCAGAACUUGCUAAACAUAUGAGACUUAGAACUAGAGGGAAACACUAUGUUUGUAAUGAAUGUGGCAAAGAGUUUACUUGUUUCUCAAAACUCAACAUUCACAUAAGGGUUCACACUGGAGAAAAACCAUAUGAGUGCAACAAAUGUGGGAAGGCCUUCACUGAUUCUUCAGGUCUUAUAAAACACAGGCGAACUCAUACUGGAGAAAAGCCUUAUGAAUGUAAGGAAUGUGGGAAAGCUUUCGCUAACUCUUCACAUCUUACAGUACAUAUGAGAACUCACACUGGUGAGAAGCCUUAUCAAUGUAAGGAAUGUGGAAAAGCCUUUAUUAAUUCCUCUUGCUUUAAAAGUCACAUGCAGACUCACCCUGGUGUAAAACCCUAUAACUGUCAACAUUGUGGGAAAGCCUUUAUUCGAUCCUCAUUUCUUAUUCGACAUUUAAGAAGUCACAGUGCGGAAAGGCCUUUUGAAUGUGAGGAAUGUGGGAAAGCCUUUAGAUACUCCUCGCACCUUAGUCAACAUAAAAGAACACACACAGGGGAGAAGCCAUAUAAAUGUCAAAAGUGUGGGCGAGCCUUCGCUAUCUCAUCAGGCCUUACAGUACACAUGAGAACUCACACUGGCGAACGGCCCUUUGAAUGUCAGGAAUGUGGGAAAGCCUUUACUCGGUCCACGUAUCUUAUUCGACAUCUAAGAAGUCACAGUGUGAAGAAACCAUAUAAGGAAUGUGGGCAGACCUUUAGUAAUUCCUCAUGCCUUACUGAAUGUGUGUGAAUUGGGGCUGAUAUUUGGAAAGAAUGUGGUAAAGCCACUACUUCCUCAUACUUACUGAACAUGUACUCAUAGUGGCAAUGUACACAGUCAUAAGGAAUGUGGGAAGCCUUCCUUGGUGUCUCAGAUCUCAACAAUUCCAAUAGAAGAGAAGACAUAUGAAUGUAAGGAAUGUGGGAAAGUCUUGGCUCCUUCCAUAGGCAGUACUUACUCAUGUGUCUCUGCAUCCUAGGAAACAAACUGAAUGUAGAAAACCAUCAGUCGAUGCUUACAUCUUACUGAGUCUGUUUGAACUCAUGCUGGAGAGAAAUGCUGUGAAUGUGAGGAAGGUGGAAAAGCUUUCAUUAUUUUCCUCAGGCCUUAUUGAGCUUGUGAGCACACUGGAUAUAAAUGCACAUCCUCUGGAUGUAAGGAAUGUGUUGAAACCUUUUGCUCUGCCUUACACCUUAAUAUUCAACUGUGAUCUCACAAGUGUGAAAAAUCUUGAAUGUAAGAUGUGUGGAGAUUCUUCUUUGUUUUUAGCUUCCACUUUGGGAACAUGUCAGAUCACACAUUGGGAAGUCCCAUGAAUGAAAGAGAUGUUGGAAAGCCCUUGAACUUGGUCAUUAGGAAACAUCCACACUGAAGAGGAACUAAACUGUAUGGAAGGUCAAAAAAGCUGUAUUAAUUUAGAUGCAAAAAGUCAUACUAGAGGAAUACCAUAUCAGAAUGCUUUUGGUAAAUAUACAUGUUUUAAAGAGGUAUAUAUUAUUAAUAAAAAUAUCUAGCUAGUCUGAAGAUCCUGAGUUAUCUCGAUUGUUGACGGUUACAGAUGGAACUUUUAAUUGUUUAGGAGUUCCACUCUUUCUUCCAUUUGUCAGUACUACACUUCACUAGUCUUUAAAACAAUUUUAGGCUGGGCGCAGUGGCUCAUGCCUAAAAUCCCAGCAUUUUGAAAGGCCAAAGCGAGUGGAUCAUUUGAGGUCAGGAGUUUGAGACCAGCCUGGCCAAGAUGGUGAAUCCCCAUCUCUACUAAAAAUACAAAAAUUAGACAGGCAUGGUGGUACGUGCCUGUAAUCCCACCUACUCGAGAGGUUGAGGCAAGAGAAUUGCUUGAACCUGGGAGGCAGAAGUUGCAGUGAGCUGAGAUCAUGCCACUGCACUCCAGCCUGGGCGAUGUGGUGAGACUGUCUCAAAAAAAGAAAGGAAAAAAAAAUUAAAGUAUCCUCAAAGGGUUUUUUAAUGAAAAACUUAGUUAUAAGAAUAAGGAAUUGAGGAACAUUUAGGGGGUAUAAGUUUUUACUUAAUGCAUACGAGAAAAUUGGUCCUGGCCAGGCAUGGUGGCUCACACCUUAAUUCCAGCAAUUUGGGAGGCCAAGACAGAAGGAUCACUUGAGCCCAGGAGUUCAGGACCAGCCUGGGCAAUAUAGUGAAACCUCAUCUUGACAAAGAAUAAAUAAGAUUAACUGGGUGUAGUGGUUUGUACCUGUAGUCCCAGCUAUUUAGGAGUCUGGGAGGAGAGGAUUGGUUGAGCCUGCUCAGGGAGGCAGAAGUUGCAGUGAGCCCAGAUUGUGCCACUACACCCUAGCCUGGUCUACACGAUGAGACCGUGUCUAAAAAAAAAGAAAAGAAAAUUGGCACCAGCAAAGAAAACCAAAUAAAGUAUUUAAGUUUGCCUUUCUGUGUGUCUUUAAAGACUAAUGAUGUUGAACAGAGCUUUCAUAUGCUUAUGAGUCUUUGGUGAAGUGUACAUUUAAUGAUCUUUUUUCACUGUUGCUGAGAGUCUUUGGUUUGAAUUAUUGAGGCAGGUUCUUUCAAUACGUUUAUUGAGGUAUAAUUGCCGUGUAAUAAACUGCACAUGUUUUUAGCAUACACUUUUAAGUUUGGACACAUACACGUAUGUGUACAUACACACCAAGAUAAUGAGCAUACCUAUCAGACCAGAUGGUUUCCUCAUGCCCUUUUAUAAUUUUUUCUCCUCACCCUUCCCUGUCUGUCAUUCUCCUGAUCCACUGAUUUGCUUUCUCUUAGAUGACUUUAUAUUAUGUACAGUUUUCAUAUAAAUGGAAUCUCAUAGUCUGGCAUCUUUCAGGAUAAUUUCUAGAUCCAUUUAUGUUGUAGAGUCCAUUUCACUGCUGAAUAGUAUUCCAUUGUAAGGCAUGCCACAAGCUGUUUAUCCAUGUGUUAUUUCUACCUUUUGGCUAUUUCAAUUAAAACUGCCUUGAACACCCAUAUGCAGAUUAUUCUUUUAACAUAUGCUUCUAUUUCUUUAAAUAAUUAAGAGUGGAAUGAUCAGAUCAUAUGUUAGUGUACGUUUAAUUUUUUAAGAGACUGCUAAACCUUUCUCAAGUGGUUGUGCUAUUUGACAUUUCCAUGAGCAGUAUAUAAGAGUUGCGAUUCCUCUGCAUCCUUGCCAAUCAUUGGUAUGGUCAGUCUUUUUUAUUUUGACCGUUUUAAUAGGUGUGCAGUAGUAUCAUGGUUUUAAUUUGUAUUUCCCCAGUGACUAAUGAUGUUUUACAUGGUUUCACAUGCUUACUGGCCCUCUUGAAGCCUUUGGGGAAGUCUGUUCAAAUCUUUUGCCUGUUUAUAUUGGCUUUGAAUUUUUUUUUUUUUUUUAGUAGAGACAGGGUUUUGCUCUGUCACCCAGGCUGAAGUGUAGUGGCACGAUCAUGUGGUUUUGUAAUUUUUAUUGAAUUUUGGGAGUUUAAAAUUUGUAAUUAUUUAAUAUUAAACCUAUUAGUGUAUUUGAUAUAUUAAUACUUUACAUUUAAUGUACGUUUAUAUAAUAAAACAUUUCAUUUUAACAGGUAACAUAAAUACAGUUUCCAAUUUAU